CUGCAGAGCUGUCAAAGGGAUGGCACGUUUCCAGGGAGUAGUUUCCUGGUUUCGCAGUGGCGGAGGAAGCCCUGGCCUGUAGGAGUCACCGCAGUGUCGCUGCCGGCAGCCGGAACAGCCCCGAUCCCGGGGAACAGACACCAAACCUCCUUCCAGGGGGUGAGCUGGGCCCCUUGGCCCCGGCGGUGGGGGGACAUCCCUGCCUGGGAAGGAGCAAGCACCAGCCACUAACCUUUCCAUGCUGGGACAAGACAACUGCCACAGCCUUCCAGCUAGAGCAGCUCGACGGGGCCAUAGGACCAGAACUUGUCUUGUCUCGAGGGAGGCUUUCCCUGCUGCUCUCCACCCUUCGUGCUGGAGCUCACAGGCCCCAUCAGCGCUUGCUUGCAGAUACAUAAGUGCAAGUGCCUCUGACCGUCAUGGGGGAAGCCAGGAUGGACCCAAACCUCUCCCCUCCCGACAGCACUGCACAGCAGGACUCUCUCUUCAGCAUGACAGACGUGUUCCUCAUCUCCCUCAUCACCGGACUCUUCACUUACUGGUUCUUCUUCCGCAAGAAAAAGGAGGAACUCCCCGACCUGCCCAAAAUGCAAACAGUAGUAGCUCCAGUGAGAGACAGCAGCUUCAUUGAGAAGAUGAAGAAGACGGGCCGAAACAUUGUGGUUUUCUACGGUUCCCAGACGGGCACAGCAGAGGAGUUUGCCAACCGUCUCUCCAAAGACGCUCAUCGCUACGGCCUCCGGGGCAUGGCAGCGGAUCCAGAGGAGUAUGACCUGUCGGACCUGAGUCGCCUCUCGGAGAUUGACAAGUCCUUGGCUGUGUUCUGCAUGGCCACCUAUGGAGAGGGGGAUCCCACGGACAAUGCCCAGGAUUUCUACGACUGGCUGCAGGAGGCCGACACCGACCUCUCGGGUCUGCGGUUUGCAGUCUUUGGGCUGGGGAACAAGACUUAUGAGCACUUCAACGCCAUGGGAAAGUAUGUGGACAAGAGACUGGAGGAACUCGGAGCCCAGCGCAUCUUUGAGCUUGGGCUGGGAGAUGAUGAUGGCAAUCUGGAAGAAGACUUUAUCACCUGGAGAGAGCAGUUCUGGCCAGCAGUCUGUGAGCACUUCGGGGUGGAGGCUACAGGAGAAGAGUCCAGCAUCCGCCAGUAUGAGCUGGUGGUGCACACGGAUGUGAACAUGAACAAAGUCUACACGGGAGAGAUGGGCCGACUCAAGAGCUACGAGAACCAGAAGCCACCGUUUGAUGCCAAGAACCCCUUCCUGGCCAAGGUUACAGAGAACCGCAAACUGAACGAGGGCGGAGAGCGGCACCUGAUGCACCUGGAGCUGGAUAUCUCCAAUUCCAAAAUCAGGUACGAGUCCGGGGACCACGUGGCCGUGUACCCUGCCAACGACUCCUCUCUGGUGAACCAGAUCGGUGAGAUCCUGGGCACGGAUCUGGACACUGUCAUGUCCCUAAACAACUUGGAUGAGGAAUCCAACAAGAAGCAUCCCUUCCCCUGCCCCACGUCCUACCGAACAGCCCUGACAUACUACCUGGACAUCACCAACCCUCCCCGCACCAACGUGCUGUACGAGCUGGCCCAGUACGCCACGGACACCGAGGAGCAGGAGCGCCUCCGGAAAAUGGCCUCGUCCGCUGCCGAGGGCAAGGCCCUGUACCUCAGCUGGGUGGUGGAGGCCCGCAGGAACAUCCUGGCCAUCCUGCAGGACAUGCCCUCGCUGCGCCCCCCCAUCGACCACCUGUGCGAGCUCCUGCCCCGCCUGCAGGCCCGCUACUACUCCAUCGCCUCCUCCUCCAAGGUUCAUCCCAAUUCCAUCCACAUCUGUGCCGUGACGGUGGAGUACGAGACCAAGACGGGCCGCCUGAACAAAGGGGUGGCCACCAACUGGCUCAAGAACAAGGUGCCUGACCAGAACGGGAGCAACUCCCUGGUGCCCAUGUACGUGCGGAAGUCGCAGUUCCGGCUGCCCUUCAAGCCCAGCACCCCCGUGAUCAUGAUCGGGCCGGGCACUGGCGUCGCCCCCUUCAUCGGCUUCAUCCAGGAGCGGGCCUGGCUGAAGCAGCAAGGCAAAGAGGUGGGCGAGACGGUGCUUUACUACGGCUGCCGGCGCGAGCGAGAGGACUACCUGUACCGGGAGGAGCUGGCCCGCUUCCAGAAGGAGGGAGUCCUCACCCAGCUCAAUGUGGCCUUCUCCAGGGACCAGGCUGAGAAGGUUUAUGUCCAGCACUUAUUGAAAAAGAACAAGGAAAACAUCUGGAAGCUGGUUAAUGAGGGGAUGGCUCAUAUCUACGUAUGUGGCGAUGCCCGAAACAUGGCCCGGGACGUGCAGAACACCUUCUACGAGAUCGUGUCCGAGUUCGGGAACAUGAGCCAGGCCCAGGCCGUGGACUAUGUAAAGAAACUGAUGACGAAGGGCCGGUACUCUCUGGAUGUCUGGAGCUAAAAGCGGGGCUGGCGGGGCCGGGGAGAGAACGGGUCCCCAGGCGUGGGCCCACGGGAGGUGCAAAGUGCCUGCUCGCCCACGGCUGCUGUGGGUGACGGUGUCAGCCCCGCCCCACAGCUACCCCGGUGUCACUCCCAACCCCUCCUGGGCCACAGCAGCCCCUCGGGACAGGCUGUGUACCCCGGGGGGUGGAAGGGGUUGAGAGGGGCAGGGGGGUAGCUCAGCUGCUGUCCAGGAGCCGUGGUGACCCCGGCACCCCAAGGCGCACCUCGUGGCACCAGCAUUUGCCUUGAGGUCAGGGACACAGCUGAUGUGGGGCACAAGGGAUGGACGCUGCUAGAAAGCUCUGGGGUCCUUCUCUGAACACGAGGUGUUGCCUUAUCCCCGGGGCUGGAGCCCACCCUGGCCUGCUGGCACGGCAGAGGGGUGGAGGGGCCGGCAGCCCCCUGCGAUCCCGCCGGGUGUGAGGCAGGGCAGCCAUCUGUCCUCACCUCCCUCGUGCCCUGUUUGUCCAGCUCUAGGAUGAGGGGCUGGCAGCUGGCUCUGGGCACAGAGGUGCCCUGUGCCCCCCAGACCUCACCACCCCCCUGCUCCUUUCCUGAUGCCUGCCUUUGCUCCAGCACGCAGCGGGAAGGGGGUGGCUCCUCUCCCCUGGGGAAUAGACCCAGUUGUGGGAGGAGGGGUCUCAGUCCAUAGGGCCCUGCUUGCUCCCUGGGGUCCGGCAGCUCCCCUGAGCCCAGCCCCUCCCUCACACUGUGUAUGGUCAUUUUUUAAAUACUGUUUUUAUUUUAACAUCUUUGUGAUUUAAGC